AUGUCUGACGGCUCGGUUGAAAGGGCUCUACCAUAUGCAUACCUAAAAAUGUACAUGCAUAUUAGAGGUAGUCCUAGUGCCACCACGUCUCCAGUUGGGACAUCAGAAAAAAUUGUGAAAUCUCGGAAGAGUGGGAGUAAUAAACCUAAGCGUCUUUGUCCGCCUAUCACUCUAGAUUCAGCAGGAAGACCUAUCUUCCCCAUUAUUCUAGGGCCACUUACUAUUCAUAGUCUUGGAGAGAUUGUGAGUGAACGUGAGGCAUAUCAUAGAGAACAAUGCAUCUUCCCAGUUGGGUUUUGUUCUUCUAGAAUAUAUGCAAGUCUCAGAGAUCCACUCAACCCAGUGCUAUACACUUGCAAGAUCCUGGAUGGAGGUGUUGUCCCACGAUUUGAAGUAGUGUGUGAUGAUGAGGAGGAUGCAGUAGUGGUUGGGAACUCUCCAGCUGAGUGCCACAACCAUAUCCUACAAACCAUUAACCUUGUCCUUGACAUGGAUCUUCUAACCAUCAGAACAGAUGGGAUUGACAGUGAAGUGAGGGGCUGCCGCUUUUUUGGAUUAACUCACCCUAGUGUACAAAAUGUUCUGCAGGCAUGCCCAGGAGCAAGAAAGUGUGCGCGGUACAAGUGGGUGAAAUUUGAGGUGUGUCGCAGUGAAGCUGAAGUUGAAAGUGUAUUUGAAGCAGAGAAGGAAGCCUCACUCUGCCAUGAAGCACUGUUGCGUAACAUUCGCUUUGCUCGACACCACGUUGCAUCACCUUAAUAUUUUUUAUUAUGCCAGGACAACAGAUAUUGGAAAAUAAUAUAAUGAAGUACAGUACAUAGAUAUUUAUGAACAAUAAAUGUAUGUAUGUAUUAUUAUUAUUAUUAUUAAAAUCAAAGAAAGUGCUAAACUGAUUAAUAAUAAAUGUAGGCAAUA